UCUUUGUGGCUUUCGCUUUAAACCCUGCACCGAAACAAACUGAAACUGGUAGACAGCUUUUGUGAGGUGCUGAUUUUAGCAGAAAAAGGACAGACAUGGCUACUGUGGCAAAAACAGAAGGGAUUAAGGCCUUUUCUGCAACUCAUGAUUGGGAAUCCGCAGAUUAUGAGCCAACCCUUCCUGUGUCAGAGAUGUCCAACCCCCUAACUCAUAACAUAGAUAGGGCUCCAGCCAGCAGCAUUGUGAAGAUGUUACAGGCCUGCGACUUUCAGAUGUUUCAGGAAAAGUCAGGAGCAGCCUAUGAGAGACUUUUGAGCGACCAAGUGGCGAAAUCUUUAAUGGAGGUGGCUAAGAGGGUGCAGCUCAUUCUCAAGAAUCCUCAGGACAGCCUCAUCGUACUGAGUGGCUGUGGGACUUCUGGGCGACUUGCAUUCUUCAUUACGUCAGGAUUUAACAGAGAGCUGAGGCGGCUGAACCACAGUGCGGUCUGUUCUUACAUCAUUGCAGGGGGAGACAGAGCUCUGUUUUCCUCCCAGGAGGCUCCAGAGGAUGACCCUAUAUCGGGUGCGCUCAGUCUGAAAAAGGUAUCUGAGGGAAAGAAGAGAGUCUUGUUCAUUGGCAUCUCCUGUGGAUUAUCUGCUCCCUUUGUGGCUGGUCAGUUGGAUUUCUGCCUCCAACAUCCUGAUGUCUACACCCCUGUACUAGUAGGCUUCAAUCCUCCACAUCAGGCCAGGAAUGAGCCCAUACCUGGCUGCACAUUCACGUUUCACAGUGUGGUGACGAAGAUGCGAGAGCUCGCCAAAAUGCAAAAGGCUUUCCUCAUCAACCCAGUGCUUGGGCCGGAAGCCAUCAGCGGUUCCUCAAGGAUGAAGGGAGGCAGCGCCACUAAGAUUCUACUGGAGGUCGUCUUUUCUGCCGCUCAUGCUGCCAAUUUCUCAAGAACACCCAUCACAUACAAUGGGAUUCUGCAGCACAUGAGAUCUUAUGGAAAAGUUCUGGACAUCACGUACUCACAAACAGAGGGGAUAGCUGCUGUGAUGGAGGCCGCUGGACGCAGUUUGCAGUGUGGGAGGGGGUUGUGUUACCUGAGCUGGGGCUUCCUCGGUUUGCUGGGCCUCAUUGACGCCAGUGAGUGUAAGCCCACAUUCGGAGCAGACUAUAAAGACAUUCAAGGCUUUGUUGGCGGAGGCUGCAAAGAACUCGGUAACAAAGAGGGUGAUUUGAACUUAAUGGGUGCUGAGUUUGGCAUUGCACAUAUUGACUUUCUCCAUAACGUCCUGCCCAGUCUCACUGACAAGGAUACUGUUCUGCUUCUCUACUCUCACUCUGAUGAUGUAGACGAGGUGGCAAAGAUGGCACGCAGAGUGAAAGAAAAGACAUCCAACAUGCAUGCUGUUUAUCAUCAGACUGAUGGAGACACAGCUGCACAGCAAGGUGAAAUAAAUAAGCUGUGUUCAUCCACCCUCAACUUCAUAUGGCCCCAAGCAACACCUGCUUCAAUGGGGUUGCAACAUAUGUGGGAGCUCUCCACUAAGCUGGUUUUGAACGCAGUGAGCACUGGAGCUCACAUCUUAAAGGGAAAGGUUUACCAGAACUACAUGAUUGAUCUGCAAGUCACCAACAGCAAGCUCUACUGCAGAGCCGCACGUUUACUCCAGAGGCUGUCUGGUCAUCCGAAGUCACUGUGUGAGGAAGCCCUAUUGAAGGCAAUUUACCAAGUGGACAAGCUCACAGAGGACAUAAUGACCUGCAACUUGAUUACACAUACACACACUGCCAGAAAGGUUAAGAAGGUUGUCCCUUUGGCUUUGGUCUGCUUGCUGACUGGCUACUCUAUAAAGGAGGCACGGUCUCAUUUGGAGCAGAAGCCAAUCGUCAGAGAGGCCGUGGAGGCGUGCUUGCGGGAACAGACCUUAUUUUCAGGCUAGCUCUAAUCAUAAAAUAAUUAUCUUUGCUGAUAGAUUAUAGCUGAAAAUACAGAAAAACACACAUUAGGCACACUGGGGAGGCUCAUACUGGGUGAACAAGAAGCAGUGAAUCUUGCUGCAUAGCUGUGACCGAUGUAGGGGCAUAAUAAUUAUAAAAGGAAAUGUUGGGACUGAUACCGAAAACAUCCAGUACUUGUACUGUCAAAUAAGUAUAAUUUAUAAAGAAUUAAUAUUUAAUAUGAAGUGAUCUGAAUUUCUUUAUCAUGCAAAAUCGUUUAAGACUUAAAUUGCACAAAUUAAUAAAAAAAGUAUAGUUACACAAUAAAUGUAAAUAAACUGAUAUGCAUUAAAUAAAUGUGAAUUGUAUUA